CAACUAAACAUUUCUAAAAAUUCACAAUAUUUCGUCAACUUCCAGUCGGUCGUUUAAACUUGGCAGGUGAACUCGUUCGUACAUACGUGAUUGAAUUUUUCCCCAAAUUCCAUUUGCCCCCCGCCCCCACUUUAUUUCAUUCAGUUUAUCUACAUACUUCUUCAAUACGUCGUACCUUUAAAAAUGAAUAAUUUCGUCGCAGCAAUUGAUCAAGGGACUAGCUCGUCACGAUUUAUGGUUUUUGAGGCCAAUACCGGUAAAUUGAUAACCUUUCAUCAAGUCGAAAUUCCACGCUGUGCUCCAAACCAAGGGUGGGUAGAGCAAGACGCCAAUGUUCUUCUCUCUUCUAUCUUAACCUGUAUCGACGGGUGUGUCAAAAAUUUGCAAGACAUGGGCCACUCCCCCUCGCAAAUAAAAGCUGUUGGGAUAACAAAUCAAAGAGAAACUAUCAUCGCAUGGGAUAAGGUUUCAGGAAGUCCGUUGUACAAUGCGAUUGUCUGGAUGGAUACCCGAACAGUUUCCACGGUGCAGGAAAUUUUAUCAACUAAGAAACAAGAAACUGAAGACAUCCGUCGAAUCUCCGGCCUUCCGAUGAGCACUUAUUUCAGUGCCACAAAAUUAAAGUGGCUCCUUGACCACGUGCCCGAAGUAAAGCAGGCCGUGGAUCUGGAUCGAUGCCUUUUUGGCACAGUGGACUCCUGGCUAACUUGGAAUCUCACCGGAGGAUGUAACGGCGGAUUGCAUGUGACCGACGUUACUAACGCUUCUCGAACCAUGCUCAUGAAUUUGGAGACGCUACAGUGGGAUCCCUACUUGUGCGACUUUUUUGGAAUUGAUGUCAAACUCCUGCCUGAAAUUCGGUCUUCAUCCGAAAUUUAUGGCCAUUUACUAUCCACUGGACUGGCCGGUGUUCCAAUUUCAGGAAUUUUGGGCGAUCAACAAGCCGCUCUUGUCGGCCAACGGUGUUUUAAACCAGGCCAAGCUAAAUGUACGUAUGGAACGGCGGGCGUUCUCCUGUUCAAUACGGGAUCAACGAUCGUGCCCUCCACGCAAGGUCUUCUGACCACUGUUGGGUACCAGUUGGGACCCGACCGUCCCGUCGUGUACGCCUUGGAAGGAUCCAUCGCCAUUGCGGGGGCCGUCAUUCGAUGGCUCAGAGACAAUCUGGAUUUCGGUGGGAGUUACGAGGAAAUGGUGAAAUUAUCCGAAAGUGUGGAGGAGACUGGAGUAGUAUUUUUUGUUCCCGCGUUUUCCGGAUUAUUUGCCCCUUACUGGCGAUCUGACGCGAGAGGCCUUAUCUGCGGUCUUACCGAAUUCUCUACGAAAUCCCACAUCACUCGAGCAGCCUAUGAAGGGGUCGCAUUUCAAGUGAAGGAAAUCCUAUCAGCCAUAAAUUCCGAGGUUGGUGUCGUUCCAAUCUCCUCGCUCCGAGUGGACGGCGGGAUGACCGUUGUCGACCACUUGAUGCAACUCCAAGCCGAUUUCUUGGGGAUUGAAGUACUCCGAACGGAAAUGGGGGAAAUGUCCGCGUUGGGUGCGGCAAUGGCUGCCGGAAAUGCGAAAGGUGUCCAAGUUUGGGACAUUUUUACACAAUCUGAUUCCAUACCGGGGCAUGCCUUUCAGCCCAGAAUUACUGCCAAAGAACGGGAGGCACGAUAUGUCAAAUGGAAAAACGCAGUUGUUCGAACUUGGUAAAGUUACACUUAAGGAUAAGAAGUUUUCGUCAAUCACCUUGUUUCACUAGUUCGUAUCAGAAUUGGAAAGACUUUUAUUUAAUAUAGAAAUAAUCUCGAUCGUGUGAUAUCCGUAAUUAAUUAAGGUACCUAUAAAUAUGAACAUAAGUCAGCCACAGUUACCUUUCACCUUGUGUUAUAAUAAAGUUAUGCGUAUACUAAAUAUGUAUUCGCCUAGAUCUUGUAUAGAGAGAUAUUUCUCAUUAAGUAUACGCUAUUUAGGAAAUUUUGUCUAGCUCAUGUCCUAUUUUUAUUUUAAAAAAAUUACACCUUCUCUGGUUGAUUUAUCAUUGGAACCCAUUAUGUACGAUUUAAAUCCCAGACCCAACAAGAUUAUAAUUCAAUUCGUACUUAAAAUGCAAUAUUGGCCAGUUUUGGUUAAGUACUUAAACCAGGGUUGCAGAAAUCUCACCUCACCUUCAUAAAUCUCAUCUCACUGAGAUAUAAUGAGAAAUAGUGAGAUAUGAGAAAUAUGAGAUAUAUUGAGAUUUGUGAGUCAUGCACUAGCGCCACCUAGCGGACGGGGUCAUGAACUACAGGUUUAUCUCAUUAUUUCUCAUAUUUCUCACUCAGCCCCAACUGAGAUGAUUGAUAUAAAUCAUUAAAUCUCAUGAAAUCUCACUAGGUGAUAUAUACCACUUGCAACCCUGACUUAAACUGCAAUAGAAGAAUGAUAUAUCAAUGUCAAGAAUGGUAUGUAUGCUUACUAAUCCUAGCUGAAUAAAUGCCUCGUCAUCGGAAUUUUAA